AAGACGUCGCGUUUCAAGACAACUCAGGCCGACCUGGCCGCAAUUCGAACUGACAUUGCCGUGGACUUUCACAAGGCGUUUGCUGGCUUCAAUCCCGCGGCUGUGAUGAACGUGGACGAGACCGGCAUGUCUUACGGCAUGCCUCCAUAA